AUGUCAUUUUAUUUCUUAGAAGAAAGCAAACAAAAUUCUUUUGAAAAAUAUGCCUCACCUGAAAGUGUUGUUCUAUAAGUAAGAUAAGAUGAUCUAAAAUAAGAUUCUGAAGGAGAAUAAUUGGAAAAGAGAUGCGCCUUUGACCUUAGUUUAGAUUUAUUAGAAUGUGAAGACAAUACUUUAACUCUCGAAGAAAUUUUAGAUAAGAUUGUCGAAAAUUUAGAGAAAAAGAAGAAAAAAUUAAAAAAUAAAAUGAUUUAAAUUGAUGAAUAUCAAUAUUUUAAUCAUAAUUUUAACUUAGCAUUUUAGAAUGAAGAUGUUUGUUAGUAAAAUUUAAAUGAAGAAAUAAAUAAAAGCUCUUUGGUUCAUAGAAUAAGAGACUCAGUUGAACUUAAGAAAAAUAAACAAUAAAAGUAUAAUAUCGAAUAAGUAGAUGAAUUGACAGAAAACAGCAAAUUAAAUACAACACAGUAAUCUUUUUUUGAGUCAAGAUUCCACGAUUUUCAAUUACCUAUGAAAAGAGGGUAUUUAUUGAAAAAAAGCCCUACUUUAUUUUAAGGAUUUUAGAAAAGAUACUGCACUUUGGAUAAUUUCUAUUUCAACUACUACUUGCCAGAGAACAAAUCAAGCAUAUUUGGUUCUAUAAAUUUUUAAAUUAUUGAUACUUAUAUUUAAGAGAUAAGAGAUCCUUAGACUUAGUAAUUGACAGAAUUCAAAAUAGUGCCUAUAAGAUCAGGCAAGGUUUUUCACUUUAAAAGUUGUGAUAAUAAUUCUUAAACCCUUGAAGAGUGGAUUUUUGCCAUAAAAUAGCACUUAGAGUAAGCUUAAUAUUAUCAUUAUAGAUAUAAGACAUGCUAUUUAGAUAAAUAGUUUUGGAAAUAAACAUUAAUAUCAGAGCAUCAAUUCAAACAAAUAUGUGAUACUGGAGAUAUACUUUUGUUUAAAAAUAAUAGCAUUGGUUCAGCUAUAUAAAGAACUUUGACCACAAGCUAAUAUGAUCAUGUUGGAAUGAUUCUCAAAUAUAAAUGUGGAAAAAUAGUACUUUUUGAAUCUAAUUUAAAAAAUGGAGUAAACCUCACUCCUUGGGAAUAAAUAUCUGCUAGCGAUUGGUCUAAUUAAUUUGAAAAGAUUGCAUAUAGAAAACUCAACUACAAAAAGACCUAGAAGCAGAUAUAAGGUUUUUUUAACUUUAUGAAAAUAACUUUAGGUAAAUAGUUUGACAUUAGUACAAAACAAGUGCUUAAAAGCGCAGGAGAUCGCAUUUGCAGAAUACAAUCUAUCUCAACUUAAGAAUCGAAAUCAAGAAUUUUAAAUGAAAAUAACAUAGAGCUGCAAGACUUAUGUAACAAAAAAGAGUCAUAUUUUUGUUCUGAAUUAAUUGCUUCAUGCUACUAAUAUAAUAGCUUAUUACCUUUGAACGCUUUAAGUGACCAAUAUUGGCCUGUUGAUUUUUCUGAAAAGAAGAAAUUAAAUUUCUUAUAAAAUGCCAGUCUCUCAUGCGAAUAUUAAAUUAUUCAACCAAUUUAGACAUCUUAAAUAUUUUGA